AUGACCGACAUUCUGAACGUCAAGAACAAGCCGGUCUUCGACGAUCGCAUCGUCAAGAUCGAGACUCACACGUACAAUCCAUACGUGAACACGACGUUCGGACACAGCGACGAGAUACGAAUACCCAUACAGCAGCAGGAUCUGUACGCGUUACCCUGCGAAAGCUCGCUCUACGUCGAGGGAAGACUCACGUCGAAAGAGGAAAACGCGGACCCAAAGCCGCAGCUUGGGGUCAAUUGCAUGGCGUUCAUGUUUGAGGAAAUUCGCUACGAACUCAACGGCACUGAGAUCGAUCGUGGCAGAAACGUCGGAAUGGCUAGCCUCUUGAAGGGCUACGCAACGUUUUCUAGUGACUACGCGUAUCAUAUGGAGAAUGCAGGAUUUCCGCAUCCGGUUUUUGACAACGAUGUAAAAAGACUAGUAUCGAGCGAUGGAUACUUUAGUUUUUACGUGCCGUUGAACAUGCUGUUUGGCUUUUGCGAGGAUUACAAACGCGUGGUGAUCAACGCGCGUCACGAACUGAUUCUGAUACGAGCGCGCAAUGACACCAAUUGCGUCAAGGGAGAUCCAGCGGCCGAGCCGAAACUCGAACUGUUCAAGAUACAAUGGCGAAUGCCCCACGUCACGUUGAACGAAGUCAAUAAACUGUCCAUGUUGCGUAUCCUGGAGAACGGACGAUAUCUCAGUAUGAGUUUCCGUUCGUGGGAUCUGUACGAGUAUCCUCUGUUACCGAGCACGACCAAGCACUCGUGGGCUAUCAAGACUACGACUCAGCUCGAGAAGCCGCGAUACGUCAUCUUUGCUCUGCAGACCGAUAGAAAGAACAACAUGACAAAGUAUUCAAAUUACUUCGACAAUUGUAAACUAACCAACGUGAAACUCUAUCUGAAUUCCGACUUUUUCCCGUACGAUGAUCUAAAUCUAGAUUAG